CAGAAAACAAUCCUCCGUUAUUAGACGACUGCAAUAAGCGUAAUCGCCGGCUCGAAAGUAACGUACCCGGCACUUUCACGAAAGAAUCGUAAAGGAGAAACGGAUGAUUGCAACGAGCUCUCAAUUAAAGAAAUGGAUACGGUAAUUACUAAGCCGCGUCGGCGACUAGGAAUACGGGCCAAUUCGGCGCGUUAAAUGCUCCCUCGGCGAUUCACGUUCCAGCCGGGGCUCUUGCGGAUCUGGGAUGGCCUUUUGGGAGCAAAAGCGGCAAGAGCAGCAGCAACAACAGCAGCAGCAGCAGCAACAGCGAUAUCGGAUCAAACUCAGUUAACAAGCCCGUGUCGUCGCUGUAUCGGUCGCGCAAGUAGAUAGAUUUUAAAUCGAGUCAACUGUGGGACAACGGUAACAAAGUUAGUACGGCAAAAUAAUCCAGGGGCGAUUGACUCGCGUAUUCCAUAUAUAAUGAAAGCACAUGAGACGAGACGACGGUAGUGGACCCCAAGGAUGGUGGAUGCUGCGAGGAAGAAAUUGAAUUCUGUUUUUACACUCCGCCUAAUCGCUCGACACAUCGCAGUGUCAAGGGAGAUUCUAUUUGACGCAGAACACUGAAAAAUGUAGAUACAAGUAUAGUUACAAAGAAGACACUAUUAACCCCAUCCUACCCCAUCGAAACCUUUCGUGUGUAUCGACAGUAUCCACAAUCGCGAAAGUAUAGGCUAUAAAAUAUAACGCUACGCGCCAACGUCGAAGGGAAACGUAUCGGAUGUCGCAAGAAAAGGGAAUAAUACGGUGAGAGGACCUAGAAACGAUCUCAGGAAUGUGACGUGGCAAAAUUUCGAGUGAGAAAAUCAGUUUCUUCGAACGGAAAUCGUGGAACGAGAGAAAGGGAGGAACUUAUGAAAUAAUAGAUCGACAUACGGGAUCGACAAAGACUCGUCCCAACAAGUGUCCUUACGGAUUCAAAAGUUUCCUGCCCGCUAUCGUCUUCGUCGCGAAGCGGCGUUGACUGUGUUAUGGAAUGAAUCGAUGCCCGGACUGGGCAUCUAAGUGUCCACGAUCGUCAUCUUCAAUACGAACAUCAUGACCCUGAUAAUGCGGCUGCUCCUCCUAUUCGCUCUGGUGGCCAUACAAUUCUGCUCGACCGUCUGCUUGGCGGUCAGCGAUGAUGAAGCUAAUGGCCCGAUCUUCGAUCUGGAUCAUGGUGCUCUGGAAAAGAACUUAGCGGCAAUCUUCAACAAGGUGGCACAUAGUUUUGCGACCACGAAGCGCAGUGUGCCAGCAUACGAUGCUCAAGUGUCGGCUAGCACAACGUUUUCGACAGUACCAUCGCCAGUAACCACCAGUAUGUUCAUCAGUACAACCACCAUUAGCCCGUCGAUUACCGGACCCGCUAUUAAGUAUCCGGCGCCACGGGCCACAGCAUCGCCCGUCUUUCGGGAUCUGCCGUCGUACGCGCCGCCUUCUAGAGCACUCUUCACGCCACCCCUGCCGCCGGAGUACCUGCACCCAUUCGCCGAUAAACCCACACUGCGAGGUACCAACUCGGACGUGCAUACCAACAACAGGAGGCCGGUACCGCCACCGAGCUUGACGCCAGCGCACGAACGGAUACCUAUCCGACCGCCGGAUCUACCUCAAAGUCCUUCUCAGAUGCCAGAGAGGCAUCAUUCUCACACGAAGAUCAAACCGGCAAAUGUGCCCGACAGUAGAGAGCAGAGGCCCGUGGAAUCUGGUGAGACCGAUCGAAAGAACGGCACGAACGAUCCUUCGUUCGUAACUCUUCAUUACCCCAGUAUUUCUAGGAUCUUGUCUGGCAGCAACGGCAGAAAACAGGAUAUCCCUGAUAUAUUGUUAAAGCCCUUAGCUACGAAAAGUCCAUUGCUGCCGAAUAUUCCUCCUGCCCCUACCACCGAUAAAACUACGUCGCCACCAAGCACCAUGACACCGAAAGCGCCCGGCAAUACCAUGGGUCCUUCGAAGAUCGCCGUCACACAGCCGACGAUCUUCAACCUACCAAACACUGGUCGACAGGACGACGACGGCUAUCAUCACGGCCUGAGGAACGAACACGAUACUGAUAGUAUCGAAAUAGUGGAUACCGAGAGAUUACCGUAUCCACAAGCGCAGCCACCAGCUCCAACGCCAAAGCAACCAGCAAGUGUCGACGACGACGACGAUGACGAUGAUGACAACGACGACAACGGUGGCGGUGGUGGCGGCGGCGACGGCAGCAGCGGUGGCGACCGUUUGAUACCACACGUCGACACGCAUCCACUUGAGUCUACGUGGCGGAUCGCCUGGUCGCUACACGUAUACGUCGCGGCGAUUAUGUUUACGCUCAUGGCCUUGUAUUCGAUCUAUAAGAUCGUGCGUUUCAACGAGGCAACGAAUCUACUUACGCAAUCGUACUUCCUAGCCGUUCAUCUACUGUUGACUACAAUCUGCACUUUGAGGUGCUUUCACCUUUUUUACGACGCUUACAAUCUGGGACAUUCGCUGCCGGAAUCAUUGUCUAGAGUGCUAAUGUACCUGCCGGCACCACUCUUGUCUACGGCGUUCGCCACUCUGAUGUUGUACCUUGCCCGGUGCUCGGAAGCACCUUCGCUUAACAACAACAUCCUCUCGCCUAUUACGCUUGUAUUUUCAUCCACGGUGCACAUUAUACUAUGCGUAUCCUUGCACGUGUCCGCGCACAUGCUCGGCUAUCAGGACGAGGCGAGAAUCCUACCGCUCAUCUGCCGGUGUAUUUACAUCAUCGUCUGCAUCACCCUAGGUCUAUGCUACAUGUACGUGUACCGCGUGGUGCGUUCGCAGAUUCAUCUGGCCAGCAAUAAAGCAGCCGGCGCAAAUCACAUGAUGGGCGCCGAUCCUACUACGGUGGCUCUCAGCACUGCCAUCACCACCACUAUUGCCACCGCUCUGUUGUUCAUCCUCAUGGGCCUCGUGCAGCUUUACGGCGUAUUCGGCGUUCAGGAGCGUCCGCAACAAUUUCCAUGGCUCUGGUGGGGUUGGCAGUUCUCUGUCAGAUUACUAGAACUAUCCGUUUGUGGUCUCCUAGCCUGGGUUGCCAGCCUAUCUCAAUAUACGUUGCGCGAGAAACAGAUGCAGCAACAUUCGGCACACUCAGGCUUCGCUCUGUUCCCCUGCGGCAGUUCCACCUCUACAGAAAACAUGGACGAUGUACUCUACCCCGCCAUAUGUAGUACCAACCAAGCGAUUCAAAAUUAUACUAUGAGAACGGGAAAACAAGUUUACGACGACAGUUUUCCAUUGAAUACAUUGCCCGAGCAUUUGAACAUAUCAGGUACCUUUGAGAGACAUUCCAUCCGUAAGUCAGGUACAAUGGGCCACUUUCCUCACGAAGGUCGGGGUUCCUUGAGUCGUCAUGGAAACGGUAUACAAACCCUAAGGAACUCAGAGACUCGCGGGAGGCAUACGCCUGUACAAGGCCUACACGAACAAGCUCCAACCAGCGGCUCGACGAUGCUAGUCGCCGAGGACGGCUUUGUUAGGUUCCGGAGUCUUGGUGCGGAGGACGAUGAGUUGUCCGAUACGCAGAGCAUGGUCGGCACUCACGGCAGGGGAAGUUCGCUCGCCGGUAGUGUUAGAUAUAACGCGAGGCAUCCCACAGUACAGCAUCAGCACCCCCAUCAGCACCAACACACGCUGCAACACUCGCAUCCGAGUCAGCAUCAAACCCACCAUCAACUUUAUAACAACACAUAAAGGCUGUGCCAACGCGAUGACUAGAACGUGAUUCUUGUUAACUCGACGUAACGAUUGUCGUCGAUGAAACAUAGGAUAUAUCGACGCGCGAGAAUCGUCGCCCUCGCAAACUUCGGUCUAAACUAAUUUUAUCUCGUACUCUAUGUAAGAUAUGUCCUGUGUAUAGACAACCUAAUUGCCAUUCCUGCUCUCCCGCUUUGCAUCGACGUCCGAGCCAAGCCUCUGCCGUACGAUAUCUAUACAUAUUUAUUUUGAUCCUCGAUAAGCAAGUAAAAGUAUACGGCGAACUCGUUUGGGGUUCCUCUACCUACUUGUGGGUAGUUCAGGGUAUAUUGAAACUUGAUCUUAUAUUAGGCACUUGGUACUUAUUAAGAUUCAUGUGAUUGAAAAAAAUAAAGAAAUAAUGUGUCUCACUGAAGUAUAUAGAAAAAUGCUUCUCUCUCGGUUUUAUGUUCACUGUUAGUACCGAACACGGCUGUGGAACGUAUUGGAAGAACAAAUGAUUUUAAAUUUAGUUCUAAUGUCACACAAGGAAUUCCGACAUAUUUUAGCAAAUACACUGCUAUUUAUUCGCUGCCACGUUAUAAAAGACUUCGGUGUUAUAUAUAUUGUC